AUGAAGCAGGAUAAAGAAAUGCCAUUUAAUGGAGAUUUCGAAGAUAGUGAUGCAGAUGAGGAUGAUGUCUCACACGACUCUGAAAGCGAAGAAGAACAAAUAUAAGUAAAAAAGAAGAAGAAGAAAGUUGUAAAUUCUAGCAAGAAGUUAAUAAUGAAUGUUUCAGGUAUUCAGGACAUAAUUAAAUAGACACUUAGUAUCCUGUAGUUAAAUUUGUUGGAAAAAUGAUUUAUAAGUUCAAAUUGUCUUAUGUUCCUUAUCUAGAAAACAACAAUUGGGACUUUUGUUGGACUGACAAUGCUGUCCUGCCUGAAACACUCUCCAAAAUGCAACGUAUUAAUCUAAUUUCUAUGAUAAGCUCAUUAAAGAAUCAAUCAUUUUCCAGGUAUGUAUUCUCUGGCAAGGAAAAACCACUUGGGUCGUAAUCUCAAUAAAAUGCAAAAAUAAUAUCCAGAUGAAUACGACUUUUAUCCAAGAACUUGGAUGCUGCCAAGUGAAUACGGCGAUUUCAAGGCUUAGUUCCAGAAGGGCAAAGCAAAGACCUUCAUUGUAAAACCUGAAGCCUCUUGUUAAGGAAAAGGUAUCUAAUUGAUUAAAUACAAAAGGGAUAUUUUUGACUCGCUCUAUAGAUUAGAUUAACCCCCAAGAACAUUAUGUUGCGUAAAGGUAUAUUCAUAAGCCAUUAUUGAUUGAUGGAUUAAAGUUUGACCUAAGAAUGUACGUCAUGAUUUGUGGGUGUGAUCCCCUUAGGAUCUACUUGUAUAAAGAAGGGUUGGCUCGUUUUGCUACCUCAUAAUACUCCUCCCCUCAUUCGACUAAUCUUGAUGAUGUUUGUAUGCAUCUGACGAAUUAUGCAAUAAAUAAAGACAACCCAAAUUUUGUAUUUAAUGAAGACGAAAAGAAGAUGGAUGUUGGACAUAAAAGAAGUAUGACUAGUGUUUUUGAGUUGCUAAGAAUUCAAGUAAAAAUAAUAACAAAUUAUAUAGAAAUAAAAUGUAGAUUAAUUAUUGAGUGACAUCAAGGAUUUAAUUAUUAAGACCUUUUGUGCUGUUCAACCAAUUUUAUAAUAAAAUUACACGCAGGUUGAAAAUUAUGCAAACAAUAUGUGCUUUGAAAUUCUUGGUUUUGACAUAUUAAUAGAUAGUUCACUUAAACCAUAUUUAUUGGAAGUCAAUCACACGCCUAGCUUUACAACUGACACUCCUCUAGAUUCUUACAUUAAAAAGAAUCUCAUACGAGAUGCCAUUACUUUAAUGAAUAUCAAUGUGAAAACAAAGAAUGAAAUCAUCUCAUAGACGAAGGAUCAAAUGCAAAAACGAGUACUUACUGGGAAAAAGGCUAAAUUAUCAUUUGAGGAAAAGCGAGUAUUGAAGUUGCAAGCGUAGAAAGAAAGAGACGAGUAUGAAUGUAAGAAUAAAGGGGACUUUGAAUUGAUAUAUCCAUGUGAUAAAUCCUAUGAAGAAUUCUUACAACAUUCUUAGAAAUUAUACGAAGAUUGGACUGGAGCAAGUACAUUACAUUUUUAUCGCCUUAUUAGACAUAAGGAGGAAUUUGAAAAGAGACACUAUUUCUGAAUAACCAAAACCUUAAUCCUGUUCGCAGAAGCCAAUACUUACAUAGAAAAGCUAAUUGUAUAAGCAUGUCUAAAGCAAAGUCAAUACUAAUUUAUACCCUACUAAAAAUACAAAGGCUGAUUAGGAAGUCACUUAAGAGGAGCCAGAGCAAACCUUUUAGCAUGCGCAUGAACCUAUUUAAUCCUAACCUCAGCUUGAACCAGAUAAUUUUGUCACCUAUGAGGAUUAUCACUAAUCAGAGUCGCUAAAAGACUUGUACAACUUUGCAGAAAAGAGAAUCCCAGAAAUACAGCUUAUCGAUUUGAUUUAAUUUAGAAGAGCAGAAAGCAAAUAGGAUAAUUCAAGUUUCUAGAUCAUUCAAAUGAGUCAAUAGAAUUCCUUAUCGAACUUGUCUCCAUUAAUGUAGAUCAAAUCAAUUCAAGAUUCAAAGAAUGAGAAGAAGUUCUCUAUAAGGAAAAAAAAUAAACAACCCAAAUAGAUUGAUUAAGAACAAGUAAACCAUAUGAUGUUAAUUCUAGUUAUACUUUCAACCACAACCCCAUUAUCAGCCUCCGAUCUAAUAGCAUUCAAUUUCUUAUCAAUAAUAGGUGUAGAUGCAAAAUGGUUCAUUUAUCAAGCCAAAGGUUUUUAGUAUAAAAUUGUAGCAUCCUCCAAAGGGAUAUAAAUUGUAAUCACUUCCCAUUUUAAUGUAAUAAAAUUAUACAAAAUAACGGUAUGAGUAAGGAGUAUGA